AUGACGUUGGGGAGUUUCAACCUUAUAAAGGUGUUCUCCACAUUACCCCCCCCUUUUUCGAAGCUUCUUCUUGUUUGCUAGGCACGAGAAGUCUUCUUGGGGUAACCGGAACCCGACCGGCUGGCGGCGAGUAGAACCCCCUUUUUUCCCAACAAUCUUCUGUGCGUGUGUGCGGGUGCACCACUUCCGCCACGCAUUGCCAAAAGUUUCGAGUUCGUUAGACAAUGCAUCGUUUCUUGGCCCACCCACCGUUUUUCUUUUUUUUCCGGAAGAAAAUUAGGUGAGCAGCGGGGUUUGAACCCGUGCCUUUUGCAACCAAAAGCAGACACAUGUCAUCUCUUCGUCGACGCCAUUGUGGAAAAGAGGGUUUCGUCCUCAACAGACGUUGUGGAGUUUCAACGUUUUUGAAGGUGUU